UAGUUUCCCAUCACAAUGGCAAGAAAUCCUGCUCGAUGGUGGCGUUGAAUGAUUCAGUUCCUCCUCAAACUUGACAUAAGUGUUCUCCAUUCCUCAUUGCAUCCGACCUGCCCGCGGGCCUCAUCACCACGUCUCCCCCUACCACUUCCUCUGGUAGAGAUCGCAGUACACCAAGAAAGCUCGAAGUCCGGCCAGGGACCCAUCCAAAUCGAGUCGAUAUCAUCCGCGAGACAUCACGUUCUCCCGCUCGUGCUCCAUCACCCACCAUGGCGGACCAGCUCAAGAAUGCGUCUUCAGGCGUGCAAGAUCAGGCAAAGAGCGCUACGAAGGGAACACCGAUCAGCGGCGUGCAAGAGAAGAUUCAGAGCGGUACAAAUGGGCUCCUGAGUUCCAUCAACUCCAUGGCAUCGACUGUGGCAGCCAAAGGACAAGCUCUGGUCGAUCGAAUCUUCCCUCCGGAGAAGCGAGCGGCCUUCCUCGCCCAGCUGCAAUCUUUCAUGCUGGCCAACCCCAAGCUCUCCGCAUUCCUCGGCAUGAACCUUCUUCUUACAGGCGUUCCUCUCGGCUUGUUCGUCCUAUUCAGCGUAUCAGUCUUCAUCUUUGCUCUCGUCGUUGCCUUGAUUCUCGCUUUGCUUGGCGCGGUGCUCUUCACAUUAUUUUGUGUUGGCGUGGCGCUCCUCAUCGUGCUACCUACCAUCAUGUUCACGACAUUUGCUGCGACAUUCCUGUUCCUGUGGGGCCUAGGAGGCUACUACAUCCUCCGAUGGGCGAAUGGCGACUCUCGUGGCAGUGAGAAUGGACAAGCCAGCGAAGGCAAUGCCAUUGGCGACAAGCUCAAUUCUCUGACGGGUGGGAGAUUGACUGGAUUCAUGGAGGACGCGAGAGGCCAGAAUGCGAAGAAGGGUAUCGAGGGAUACAAUGAUCGCUUUACGAAGCCUGCUGGUGACAAAGGCGAUAACUCGACAGCAACGACAACAGGCUCUAACGCGAAAUCCGGAGCCAAUCAACACGUGGGUGCCAUUGCAACGAAACCGAGGCAAGCUACUUCGGGAGGUCAAGCUAACGUCGAGGGUGCAGUGAACACGACCAAAGGCGGGUUGAGCAGUCUGAGUGGGUUGAAGUUGGGAUGA